CUGCUCCGCGAGUGGCCGUCUACCCGCUGCCUUCCUGAGCCCCCUGGAGCCGUCUGUGGGUGCGCAUGUGUGUGGUCACUGUUCUCAGCCACACCAUUCAGCAGCGAGAAACGAGACCUCUCCCACUGGCAUUGUGCAGAAGGGGCCGGGCAGGAGAAGAACAGCAAGGGAGCGCGUGUGUCCACCGUCAUGAGAGUCAGGCACCAGUCACUGGUCAGCUCUUCUCAUGACAGGCCACCGAGAGCGUGCACGAGCUGAAAAAGCAAGCAGGCAGGCAGAUUCGCAGAGGUGUCACCAUGCAUACACAGCAUAGGUGCAGGACACACCAGUGUGGGAGUUGGUAGAGUCAGUUAUUGCUGCUAAAUCAAACUCGUGUCCAAGAAUAUAAACCUCUAAAGCCAGUAGGAGCGCAGGUCACUCUGGAGAAACUACCCCUCACUGCUGCUGCAUCAUCAACAUGUGGAAAGGCAGAACAAAUGGAUCUGGAGGACUCACACAUCUGAUGAAGGAAUGACCGAAGAAGUAAAUACAGCACCAUGCUGGUAACAUCCCUUCUUCAUUAAAAUAAUGUGUGGCCACAACUUACUAAGUCAUGGGAACAAGAUAAUUAAGUCAUGGCCACAACUUGGAAUGAGAAUGAGAUAAGUAAUGGCCAGAGCUUAGUAAGGUGUGGGAACAAGAUAGUUAACUUGUGGCUACAACUUAGUAAGGCAUGGGAAAGAGAUAAUUAAGUCAUGGCAAAACCUAAGUAAGGUGUGGCAACAGGAUAGUUAAGCUGUAGCCACAACUUAUUAAGGCCUGAGAACGAGAUGGUGGCCAUAAUUUAGGUGUGGAAACAAGACAGAUAAGUUGUGGCCACAACUUAGUAAGCCGUAGGAAAGAGGUAGUCAUGGCCAUAACUUAGGUGUGGGAACAAGAUAGUUCAUUUGUGGCCACAACUUAAUAAUGCAUGGGAAAGAGAUAACCAAGUGGCUAAAACUUAGUAAGGUGUGGGAAGAAGACAGUUAAGCCUUGGCCACAACUUAAUAAGGUGUGGGAAUGAGAUCGCUAAGACAUAACUUCUUUAAUGCAUGAAAACAAGAUAGUUAAGCCAUGACCACAAUUUAUUAAGCAUGGGAACAAGACAAUUAAGUCAUGGCCACAAGUCAGUAAGGUGUGGGAACAAGAUAAUUCAGUUUUACAGGUCAAGUCAUGGCCACAGCUUAAUGAAUCACGAGAACAAGAUAAUUAAGUUUCCAUGCCUUAAUAAGUUGUGGCUACAUAUUACUUUAAUUUAGAAGUGAUGUAAUCAAUGGGGCUCCAUAAGUAACGGUACUUUACCUGAGUGUGUGUUGACCCCUCUGAUAACGUCCACUCCACACGCAGUGUGAGCUGAUGUGAGAUGCCUGAGCUGGAGCAGCUGCCCCGACCCCACCUUGCGCCCGCCCUGCACCACUGGAGACGUGACGUGGAGGACCAGGUGGAGCUGUGGUGGUUUGGUGACCCCUGCAUCUCCGUGCUCUGUUACUGCACCUCAGUGACGGUGGUGCUGGGCCUGGGCCUGGCAGGCGUGUUAUUGCUGUCCACGGCCGGCUCGGCUACUGGCCCCUCUGCGCUGUGGCGCCUGGCUGUGGGAUCCACACUCUGCCUCUUGGCGCUGGGUGUCCUGCUCAAGCAGCUGCUCAGCUCAGCCGUGCAGGACAUGGGCUGCAUCCGGAGCCGGAGGAGGAUCCUGCAGCUCCGCAGCGGGGGCUCUCUGGACCCUCUGCUCCUGCUGGCCACCGGCCUGGCCUUGAUGGUCUGCGGCGCCGCGCUGCUGCUGGCCCUGAGUCGCUCGGACACGCUGCUCUCUGGGACGGUCCUCCUGGCUAGCGGGGGCGCCGUGGUCCUGGGUGUGGUGGCAUAUGGAACAGUGAUGUAUGUGAAGGAAUGGAGGAGAAGGAGGACGAGAAGGAGGAGAAGAGGAAGGAGGGUGAGAGUUUACGCAGUGACAGCGCAGAGGAAUCAGCCAUGGAGAGACUCGGCCUCCAGUCAAGCAAGUCUGAUAUGAGCGAUUAGAGGAGCGGACAUAAGACAAAAGGGAAAAAUUCACACAUUAUCUAAGCCACUUAUCCUCCUGGGUUGGGGAGGUUGCUGAAUCCUAUCCCAGCACUCAUUAGACAGAAGGCAGGAAAGCCAGUCCAUCACGGGGCAGACAUACAGACAUACACACUCUCACACCUAGGGGCAACUUAGCAUCUUCAAUUUUCCUGCCUGCAUGUCCUCGGAUGGAGAGAACGCACAAACACAGAACCCUGGUCACCCGGCCGGGGAAUCGAACCCAGCCCCUUACUUGCUGGGAGGCAACUGUGCUACUACCAUUACGAAAGUGAAUUUGCAAGCAAAAUCAAAUGCACUGUUAAAUCAAUGACAUUUAAAAUGUGUGUCCGUAGAAGAGUAAAGGUUCGUAGACUCCAAACUCCCUCUUAACCAACAGACGAGUUUGUCGUCAACUCAAGUCCCAGCGGCCUCUAGUGGACAAAAAGUAUUAAACAAGAAAAAGGAAGAAAUAUCAGAACUUCAGCAAUAAAGUAAAAACCAUUGUCUUCGAAA